GUUAACUACACAUCUGCAGUGUGUUUGUCCUGAUUUUGUGGUUCCUCCAGGAUGAGUUUGAUGUGGAGUUCCUCUUCUUACACUCUCUCUUUAGAGUAGCUAUCCGUGCACAAUGAAGCCUCAGUGGUUAUAUAUUGUCAAUAGCAACAAACCCAGAGAUAGUUUUAAAUGGCGGUGUGUGUCAUACAGUGGCGGUGUGCUGUGUUUCCUUCAGGAUGAAUUUCGCGCGGAGAGUGGGGAACGGCUCCUGGAGAUGCUGGAGGCGGCCUUCUCCCGUAAGAUGAACAGCCCCCACGGCUCCUGGCUCAUCUCCCUCAGCAAGCCCACCCGCAACGACCACCAGCUGCUCAUGACCCUCGCCAGCGAACAGGGUGUUAUUGCAACUAAGGAUGUGCUCUCCAUGUUAGGAGAAAUCCGCAGAGGUCUGCAAGAGAUUGGCAUCCAGAACUACAGCAGCGUGACAAGCUGCCAUGCCCGACCUAGUCAGACGCGCAGCGACUACGGCAAACUCUUUGUGGUUCUGGUCAUCAUCGGGUCGGUGUGUGUGGUCAUCAUUGCUUCGGGCCUCAUCUACAUCUGCUGGCAGCGCCGUCUUCCCAAGAUGAAAAACAUGUCACGUGGGGAGGAGCUCCAUUUUGUGGAGAAUGGCUGCCAUGACAACCCCACUUUGGAUGUAACAAGCGAUAGCCAAUCGGAGCUGCAGAAGAAGGCCAGCGCCAACGGCGUGCCUGUCGGAGGCGGAGGUGGAGGUGGAGGUGGAGGUGGAGGUGGAGGAGGAGGAGGAGGAGGAGGAGGAGGAGGAGGAAGUGGGGGCUGGAAGAUCCUGGUCAACAAACCUGGCAAAGAGGAGGUGGACAACAUGGAAGAGGACACCCACCUCUAACCCAACACUGAGGGGUAACAGGGCUGCUAAAGGAAACCACCGCUAGCACUUUAACACAGCCCCUGCUACACUGUAACUCAUAAAGGUGCAGUUAGUGUUUUUUGUUGUGAAAAAGUUAAUAUCCCUCUAGACCUACAGUAAUGACAUUAUGUGAAGGACAAACAAUCGUUCCUGUGUCUUCUGUGCAUGUUGUUUUGAUGCAUUUGUUGACCAUGUAAAGGGCCCGUACAAAUACAUAAAAAAGGGCUGACAGAGAAACUAAGAAACAAAGUGUGUAAAGUUCUCAGUAAUAUUGGGGAACACUGUUUAUUAUUGAUGCCUUCAGAGUUAUACGCUCGGAAGCAUUUUCUUUUUCUUUUUAACAAAUAAUUACUUACUGCACCUCUACUCUACACAAUUAUCAGUGUGUUACUGCACUUUGAUCGUUUGUAUUUCCAUAACCUUAAUGCAAACCCUGACCCUAGUUUUGUGCAUUUACAAACUAUCAGGUGUGUUACUCUGUGUUGCUCACUACACACUGGUCAUGAUGGUGUAUUUACACUGUAACAUGGGCUAUGGAAUAUAAAGUGUAUCCAAAUCACCUUGAGAUAUGGCUGGAAACCAUGGAAAUAGCUCAAGGCCCAAAACUCUCUGGCACUUACUUUUGAAAUUCCCUUUGAAUUUAAGUUGAAACAUGGCCUUCAUGGGUUUGAUGAAGCUGAAUUGGACAUUGUUUGGCUGUCCUUGAUGUUAAAAUGCUCAUGUCCAAAGACUUCAUUACUAUGAAUAAUACUAUUAUUGUUACGGUUUCGGUUCAUGCAUUAAAUAUGCCUUAAUACCUGGGUUAGGGCUAGAUCAGUUGUUUGAGUGGUACCUUCUAAAACCCAAACUACACAAAAAUCUAAGUAUUGUCAAGUAUAAGGUGUUCCCAAUGACUGUAUAUAUACAGCCGAUGGUUGUCCCAGACACAAUUCCAGACACACGUACCAGAAUGUCGGGACUGUGUACCACAGCUUAAGCCUAUUGAUACCUUUAUUAUAUGAAUGAAAGUAGCAUCUAUUGGACCUGGCUCUUUGCAUUUUAAUGUGUUGAAUGCUUGAUUAAAGCACACAUGCCUUGCUCCUUAUAACGUGUUUGAAUGGCUGUCAGUGUGCCUCCUGGUCUCAUGUUGUAUUAAAUAAGGAUAUAUUCCAUUGUACUCUAAAGAAGUAACCGUACAUGCUGCAGACAAUACUUCUGGCCUUUAUUAUACCCAUAGGCCUGUAAAUAAGAAUCCAGUUGGACUAUGUUCACUUUAUCAUAGCGGUAGUGUGAAAGCCAAUCAUAUCAUUACUUAGUUGGGAAUGAGAUGUUUAUAGCAAAGCACAGCUGUUCAUUGUUAGCUCUUUAAGAUUGACUUGUCCUAGCUUAGUUAGGAUAAAAAUAUGUGACUACAGUUUAUCCGUACUUUUUACUCGAGAGAUCAUGUUCCUCCGUGACUGGUAUGUUUGACCAGCUUCAGACACAAUGUGUCUGUAAGGAGAGAACAUACUGUACCUUCAGAAUGCUGGUCUUAAUGGCGGUCAAGCAAAAGAAGUCCUGCAUUUUCAAACAUCUAUAUAGAACCAACAUAACUUUUGUUAGCCUAUCAUAUCUCUGGACUGCCACUGUUUGAUAUGACUGAGGUUAUGACUGUCCUAAUAGCUACAUAGAUAUUUGAAGAUUUAGAACCAAAUCAAGAUGAUGUUUUUUUGUGAUUUUAUAAUCAGAACUUUCACUCUCUCUGUAUCUCUAUCUGCUCCUUAUCAUUUGUAUACCGUCAUCCUCCGUUUGAAAACCUCCCUAGCUUGCAAAAGAGUGGUCCUUAUGAGACUGUAAAGAGUAUAGUACUCACAAGCUAGGUUUAGAAAGCUCAUGUGUAAGAGAACUGACUGCAAAUUGCACAUUUUAUUUAUCUUUUUCUUACCUCAACUAUUUCUGAGUUUGUACAAAAUAUUUCAUUCACAUUUGCUUUCAGUGUUGAAGUGUCACAUAGAGUUGAGAUUACUCUGAAGGCAUAGCCAAUAAAUGUUUGGAGAAACCAUG